GUUGAUGAAAUUUUUCAUUAAUUUCACCUAACGAAGGACAGUACACAAGAAAAAUGUUUCAGCUUUUGCUAGAUGUAGGUCCUUAUUGCCUUUGCUUUUACGCAGUUAUGAUUCUUGGUGUUCUGGUUUUUCUUGUGAGUCGGUUAUGGAAGAUGCUGCGGCAACUUAAUCAGGAAUCCAGGGCCGAUAUUCCUCCGGGUAGUCUAGGAUUACCGCUUAUUGGGGAGACUAUCCAGUUUAUGGCUGCCAUCAACAGUGGCAAAGGCUUCUAUGACUUUGUCCGAGUACGCAGUCUCAGAUACGGGAAUUGCUUCAAAACCAGCAUAUUCGGAGAGACGCAUGUUUUUGUGUCGAGUACAGAAUCAGCUAAAGCAAUCCUAAACAAUGACAUGGGGAGAUUCACGAAGAGGUACAUAAAGUCGAUAGCAGAGUUAGUGGGGAAUCAAAGCUUGCUCUGUGCUUCUCCCCACCAUCAUAAACUGCUCCGUGGCCGCUUAGUCAAUUUGUUCUCCACAACUUCCAUAUCGCUGUUAGUUCAACAGUUCGAUGAACUCAUUGUUAAUGCUCUUGGUGUCUGGGAAGAUGAGGGCACUGUCAUUGUACUUAACGAAGCUCUUAAGAUAACCUUCAAAGCAAUGUGCAAAAUGUUGUUGAGUUUGGAGAGUGGACCAGAACUAGAGCUGUUGCAAAAGGAUGUGGGUCGGGUUUGCGAAGCAAUGCUUGCACUCCCUUUGCGGUUUCCCUGGACAAGAUUUUACAAGGGCUUUCAGGCUAGAGAAAGAAUCAUGAGUAUGUUGGAGAAGAUCAUUAGUAGAAGAAGAAGAGGUUUAGAUGCUAGUGCUGAAGACUUUCUGCAGCAUCUUCUGGCAAAGGAUGAUAAUUCUUGUUCGGGUGGAUUGCACAGGCUAACCGAUGCAGAGAUUCAAGAUAAUAUAUUGACCAUGAUUAUUGCAGGUCAAGAUACAACAGCAAGUGCAAUCACAUGGAUGGUCAAGUAUCUGGGGGAGAAUGAGGAGGCUCUUGAAGCAAUUAAGGCUGAGCAACUUCACCUUGCAGAAAAAACAUCGAAAAAGUUAUUUCUUACUCUGGAUGAUCUUAAUGAAAUGCACUAUGCUUCUAAAGUUGUUAAAGAAUCAUUGAGAAUGGCAUCUAUUGUACCAUGGUUUCCAAGACUCGUGCUUCAAGACUGUGAGAUUGAAGGAUACAAGAUAAAGAAAGGAUGGAAUGUGAACAUUGAUGCUAGAGCAAUACACCUUGAUCCAAUGGUCCACAAUGAGCCCAAUAAUUUCAAUCCUUCAAGGUUUGAUGAUGAAUCUAAGCCCUACAGCUUCCUAGCUUUUGGAAUGGGAGCAAGAACUUGCUUGGGGAUGAACAUGGCUAAAGCUAUGAUGCUUGUCUUUCUCCACCGUCUUCUAACCACAUACAAGUGGAAGGUGAUGGACUCGGAUUCAAGUACUGAGAACUGGGCAAUUUUUUCAAGAUUAAGGAGUGGUUGUCCUGUGCACGUUACACGUAUUUAGUAGCAGCAUAGUAAACCAAAUUAUUUAGGGUUUAAUCAUCAAAUUUACUAAUAAAUAUGUUAAGUAAGGAGUUGAACUCUUUCCAAGAAGAAAAACGGAUUGUGAAAUAGUUGAUUAUAUUAAUAUAGUUGUAAUAUCAAGUACAUAUAAUUAAAUUUGAAUCUUAAUACAGUUGGUUCAUGUAAUAUAUUUUUAUACAGGAAAAACCAAAGUAUUAGAGGGAUCAACAAUAUUAGAGGCAUAUGUUGGUACAGAAGAAGCAAAAAUUGUUGGGACAUGAGCUGUUUUAAGUGCAGCUCGAUCAUGAGUUAUGACACAUACACUGGUUGGUGUUUGCUAGCUGUUGAAAAUGUCCGUAUCAUCAAAUAUUAAAUGUCUUAACAGUUUUGUAUUCGUCCGAUGAAAAUAAAAUAAAAAUAU